GGUAGGGUGGGAGGAGGAGGAAGGAGGGAGGGUGAGACGCGGACGGCACGCAGAGAGGCGCCGGGUCAACGCGCCAGGUAACAACGCCUCAGGACAUCCGCUGACGUCCUCGUCGACGUCCUUGUCGUUGUCCUCGUCGUCAUCGUGAACGGCAACGCGCCGUGCUUCUCCUCGAACGUGGACAUCCCGUCUUGUUCCACGGAUAAUACGAUGUCCUUCCGCGCCGCCUCCUGGAGCUUCGCCCUCCUCGCGGCCACGGUCGCGUUGCUGCCCGCCACGCAUCGUGCUCCGUUCGCGCAAGCCGCAACCGGCGGUGGCAGUAUGCUGAAUGACGUCAACAUCUCCGCGAUAUUGGACUCGUUCUCCGUCAGUUACGAUAAAAGAGUAAGGCCGAACUACGGAGGUCCACCAGUGGAGGUUGGCGUCACCAUGUAUGUCCUCAGCAUCAGCUCCGUGUCCGAAGUGUUGAUGGACUUCACGCUGGAUUUUUACUUCCGGCAAUUCUGGACGGACCCGCGGCUGGCGUUCAAGAAACGAGCGGGCGUCGAGACGCUCAGCGUCGGCUCGGAGUUCAUCAAGAACAUUUGGGUACCCGACACGUUCUUCGUCAACGAGAAGCAGUCGUACUUUCACAUCGCUACCACCAGCAACGAGUUCAUUCGUAUUCAUCAUUCGGGAAGCAUUACACGUAGUAUACGUUUAACGAUCACGGCAUCGUGUCCAAUGAAUCUGCAAUACUUUCCGAUGGACCGGCAACUCUGCCAUAUCGAGAUCGAGAGCUUUGGAUACACAAUGCGCGAUAUUCGGUACAAAUGGAACGCCGGCCUACAGUCGGUCGGCAUCUCGAACGAGGUGGAACUACCGCAGUUUCGCGUGCUCGGUCACAGGCAACGACAUUCAACCAUACACCUAUCUACAGUCGGAUACACGAUGAGGGACAUCCGGUACAAGUGGAACGAGGGCCCGAACAGCGUCGGUGUCAGCAACGAGGUCUCCCUGCCUCAGUUCAAGGUCCUUGGUCAUCGUCAACGAGCCAUGGAGAUUAGUCUAACUACCGGAAAUUAUUCGCGGCUGGCCUGCGAGAUCCAGUUCGUACGGUCGAUGGGCUACUACCUGAUUCAAAUCUACAUUCCUUCGGGCUUGAUCGUCAUUAUCUCGUGGGUGAGCUUUUGGCUGAACCGUAAUGCGACCCCCGCUCGGGUGGCCCUCGGAGUAACCACUGUGCUCACCAUGACCACCCUUAUGUCAUCGACUAACGCGGCGUUACCGAAAAUCUCCUAUGUCAAGUCCAUCGACGUUUACCUAGGAACGUGUUUCGUCAUGGUGUUUGCCUCGUUGCUCGAAUACGCGACGGUGGGUUAUAUGGCAAAGAGGAUUCAAAUGAGAAAGAAUCGGUUCCAAAAAAUCGCAGAAAGUAUGAAGACAGCGAGGGAGAAUCCAGGACCACCCGGAGUACCUGGUGAUCACGGAGAUCACGCGCCUAAGCAAACUUGGUCCCGUGUUGUCCAGGAGGUGCGGUUCAAGGUGCACGACCCGAAGGCACACAGCAAAGGUGGAACGCUCGAAAAUACCAUAAACGGACGAGCCGAUGAGGAGGUAGCGCCGGCGCCGCAACAUCUUAUUCAUCCUGGCAAGGAUAUCAGCAAGCUCUACGGUAUGACGCCAUCGGAUAUCGAUAAAUAUUCCCGCAUCGUGUUUCCUGUAUGUUUCGUCUGUUUCAACCUGAUGUACUGGAUCAUCUACCUGCACAUCAGCGACGUCGUGGCGGACGAUCUGGUGCUUCUCGAGGAGGCGAAAUAAACGAAGAGAACGCGACGAUCGCGCGUGUACGAUGGACGAAACGUGCGGUCAAAGACAGAUACGAAAGUAUUGGGAACAGGGGGUAAAAUCGAUUCGCAGCAGAAACUACGAAAUAGGUCUAAAAAUAUUGAAAAAAAAAAUCAAUGUCCCGCCAGGACUAAAAGUCCUAAGAGUGCGACGGACUAAAAAUAACGUUGUGAUUACUUCGAUACGAAGGGAGAUAGAUAAACUGUACAAGCUAGAUCGACAUUGGCAUCCUGGAUCGACGAAUAGAACUAGAAAAAGAAGAACGAAGAAGUUCGAAGCGAGAACGACUAAGGAAACGUAUAUAGAGAUCGAGGUUAGCGAUUGUUAAUGGCUAACUUGACCGCGAACACUGUUUCGAUGUGAAAUGGAAAGUGUCCAGACCAAAGACGUCGACGAAGAGGUAACAAACGAGCCGGGUGCCUCUGUGCUUCGAUCGAGUAAGAGAUAGAGACAGCCGCUGGUCAGACCGGUCGGAUGACUAAAACGCGCUGUGACUACUUCGUGACAUUCCAAUCGUAGCGCGCUGAUCGUAAAUCUCCCUGCGCCUGCGACGUGAUCUUCGAUUUUACGCUGACUCUCGUUCCCAUGUUUAAUCGCGACGACGACGCGAGCGUAUAUUAUCCACGAUACGCGAAAGAUUGAAAGUGGAAAACUUGCGAUCGCCGGCAGAGAACGAAAACCAAAAAAGGAAAAGAAAUUCGAACGAAAUAGAAAAACAGAGAACAGUAAAGAAAAAACAAAUUCAAAAACUAAAACUGCGAAUCCACGAGCGUGCAUACCUUAAACAUUGCCAGUCUAGGUACCUAGAUCUUUAAAAAAGAUGAAGAGAAUACCUUCGAUAUAAACACUUGUCAAUUUAGCCACCAUUAUAUACAUACAUAUAUACAUACAUAUAAAUAAAUAUAUAUAUAUAUACAUAGUAAAAAAAAAUUAACUAAACGUAAGGGAGAACACAAAAUAAAAGGCCGUCAGUUCGAGACCGACGAAUCGAGACGAAGCCGAUGAAAAACGAGAAAUUCUAAGAACGAGUCGAUCGAGAAUUCAACGAUCGUCGCUCGAAUGGCGCUCGAGUAUACAUGUGAUUGAGCAGAACGACGAAGAAUCGCGUGAAUCUGCGUGUGCGAGACCGCGUGACUGUGUGUGUGCGCGCGCGCCACUGUCCUACGUGUACAAGUGCGUGCCUUCGUGUGUGUCUGCGUGCGUGCCUAUACAUGUGUGUAUAUGUACGUGCGUAUGUGCGAGCGUGCGUGCGUACGUGUAUGCGUGCGUGUGUGUUACUCUACGAGCGCCAGCGCACGUGCACGAAAGAAUAAAGAGUCGAGGAGAAAAGGUUUUUGUUUCGAACGAAGACAAAAAACGGUUCACUACCGGAGACUGGUGCGACUUAAUCCGUUAAGUAAGUACGUUUUAAGUAUCAACGUAUGUAAGGAGACAUACGUGUGCAUGUGCCGCGUAAACGUACCUGCGUUACGUACGUACGCGCAUGCACAUUAGGUAAUUACGUGCAGACACACGUACACGACUAUCCGCGCGUCGACAACACACGAGGUAACGGAUCCUCGAGAAGCGUCCUCGCGAUGAAAUACGAUCGAUCCUUCGUCUGUAUCGAGCCAGAAGAAAGAUGGAUCGCGACGAAUCGCAAAGCAUCCCGAUGGACGCGGCCGGAUCGACGAGCGGAGCGAGCAACAAUUUCAACGCGAGUCGCAUCAUUUCGAGGUAGAGCUGUUUUCUCGAAUGUCUUUUUUAUUGCCACGAACGUUAUGUGUGUCCGUUUCAUUUUAUACCACUUUUUUACCAUUUAUAGAACUCGUCGGACGAAGCGACUUUUAUAUUUCCGUCACUUCUAUGAUCGCGAUCCUCCCUCGGAAUCGUGUAACUUCCGUGGAAUCGUCGCGGCGCGCAACCCUGUACGUGUUCGUGUACGUGGCUCAACGGGGAGUAACUUUUUAGCUCGUACUACUACGUAGCCGCGAAAAAAACUGUUAUACGUAGAGAUCUACUCCCAGAACGUACGAUUAGGUCGGACGUAAGAGUUAUUCCAAUUUUUCGUGAAAUUGCAAAACACGAGGUUGGGAGGGGCCAGCCAAGGAAGAGUCCGCAAAUUGAACGCGAGCCGCUCCAGGCUGCGCAGUAAGCUUUUUUCCUCCCGUCGUUUUAGCGUUGAAACAGAACACGAAAAGAAAAAGAGAAGCGCACCGCGAUCAAACGAAAUCAAACAGCUUUUUUCCGUUUAGUGGCACGCAGGCGUAGAGAAACGCUUUCGCGAAAACGAUUUAAAAUACGUCCUCGCUGAAGAAUGCGGUAGAGAGGACAGAAGAGAAGAGAAGCGGGAGAGCGACGCGAGAAUCUCGAGGAAAGAGAAAAGAGAAAACAGUAAAAAACAUCUCCCUUGAAUCGUCCUUCUUUUAAUGGUUCUUCUUAGUCGCGCGUCACUUUGCAACGAGUUAUUCCCAACCGUAACCGUAAACGCAACGUAAAUGCUCUUGUUUCCCAUUCGAAAUACUUGUGACGUCCUAUCGAGCAAAACGACAAACGAAAUUGUAAGCGAAGAACGGUGUCGCGAUGGUUCGUGCGACGCCGUGCAUAAAGCACAUCCGAGAAAACGAGCAGCGAUCGCAUUUAUCCUCGCGCGUGGAUUAGUUUUACCGUCGAACACAUGUACACCGCGGCGCGGUCCUUCCGUGGAGAGGCCCUUGGUCUUCCCCGGUAGCUGUUCCGUCGGUACGUUUUUGCUGAGUUAAUUAACGCCAAUUGUAUGCCGUUCUACUUCCGUCUUUUGGAUACUCCAUGCUGUAUGCUCGCAUUUUUCCAUCCACCAUCUCUCCUACUCGCUGUGUGCGACCGCGCGCGUUCACGGACACGGACCUUACCACAUCCGCGAAUGCCAGAGUCGCGCACACGAACGAGAAUCAUCUUGAUUCCCCAAGUGCAUAUACGCAUACGUACGUACGUACAUGUAACACACUUCUGCUUUCCUGUCUCUCCUUUUCAUUUCAUCCCUCGUCCCUCUUUCUCUCUGUCUCUUCUGUCUCUUCCAACGUGGUUUGCUGGCUGCAGACUGGGUCGUGGAAGCUUGCCAUUCAGGAUAUCGACCAGCUGACACGCCCAACCCGCCCACCACCCUCUAUUCUUCUCUUUCCUUCUCACUGUCUAUGCCUGCCUCUCUUUCGCUCAAAUUCUUUCCCUGUCUUUCGCGUCUGUCCCUCGAUCUCUCCGUUUCCUUCUUUUUCCCGAGCGCUCUCCGCCGCUCUUCUCUACAAUCGCCAAACAGUCCGUUUGCCAGACGCUCUUGCUCAUUGUGCAUUUAAUAAGGAGCUUCUUGCCUUGGUACUCUGCGAGAAUUCUUUAUAAAAGUAGGUAAUCUUGCUCGAGGAUCUCCUUGGUCGCCAUCCCCCUCGAAUAUACGGAAGAAGUGGCCGAGGGAAGUUCGUGUUUGGCCGUCCCGUUCCACCACCCUCCAAAAACCCGUGCAACUUACGAGAGAACGAAUGCCCCUUGAUUAACCUCGCCACCACCGUCGUUGUUAUCGGCGCGUUGCAUCACGCGUUUGCUUGUUAUUACGUCGAACGAUCGAACGAUACACCGUUGAAGGGGCGACGCUCUUUCGAUCUAUGUCGAUCGGGCGAGAAAACGAUAGUCGAAGCGGUAAUACGCACCUAAAGGAGAUGAAGGCAAAAGGGUCGAUCGAUUCUGGCAGCGAGGUGGGACGGGACGUAAAUUAACAUUCUUAACCCUCGUUCGUCUCUUCGUUCUGCACGUAUUAUGAUGAUAAUUGUAAGUAAUAUCGACGAUACUUCCACGUCCGCCCCAACGGAAGCAUUAUUACGCAAUUUAUAUAUAAUUGUACAUCUGUUAUCUACUUGGAGUCUCUAUUAUAGCGAAAAAGAAAGAGAAAAGGAACUAGCGUUUCAUCGUUGUGAUAUAUUCUACAGUGUCUAUAUGCAUUUAUUCAUACGUAUAUCACGUAUGCAUUCAUGCAUACCCACGUGUUUGUACGUAUGUACGUUAUAUACGUGUGCCUAUUGUUUACGUUGAAUCUAUGAAGCCGUGUGUGCGCGUGUACACGAGGAACUGGCACGUCCACGAAGGUGACGAGGGUAAGGAGCUCUUCCGUAGCGAGCGAACUAUAAUAGGCAGUUAGGCUAAGCUACAAGCGAAUUAUACCGAUAGAACGAAGGAAAAGACCUUUCUCGAUAAAUCGUUUCGUUUUUCUCAUCUUUUUCUCCAUUUUAUUUCUGCCGCCAUCAACUACAAAUUAGAUAAUAAUCCAAGUGCACGAACAGAACACCGAAGAAACGAAACUCUAAUAAUACGGAAAAGUCGGGAGACCGAUUCGGUGAAUCACGACGGAUCGCAAUCGUGUACACUCGAACAUUUCCUGUCCAUUUCUGCGCGAAAUGAUUACGUGUGCGUGUAUAUAUAUAUAUAUAUAUAUAUAUAUAUAUAUAUAUAUAUAUAUAUAUACAUAUACAUACAUAUAUAUAUAUAUAUAAGCUUAUUCGAUACGUUUCGGCGGAAAGUAAACGCGCGUGAAGGCGGAAACGCAAUAGAUACGUUCCAAGCGGAAAAAGAUAGAGAAAUCUCAUAUAGGAUGUAACUCAUACCUCGUACGUAUAUAUUCACACACCUAGACACACGCACACACAUCUACCUACACAAACAUAUAUAAAUAUAUAUAAUCUAUAUUUUCAAAAGUUCAUUCGAGGAAUGUUUCUCUCACCGUUUAGAUCUCGAGCACCCUCGAAACACCAGGUUACGUCGAAAACACGAUUGGAUAACGAUUGGCAAGCGAACAAACGUCGAUUCGCGACAAAGCGUCGAAACGAUAACGCUUGGAACUUUCUUAACGUUUCUCUUCCCCGACGGCGCCACGCGUGAGAAAACAGAGGGGAAUAAAGUUAAAAAAAAAAGGGAGAAAGAAAUUCUUAAUCCGCGAUAUAACGUCAUCACGAACAAGCUGACGCACGUGUUAAAACGUGCCUUGAAAAUCGCGCGCCAGUUCCUCCGAACCGACCACGGUCAAUUAUUAUUAUUACUAUGAUUAUUAUUGCUAUUAUUAUUAUUAUUAUUAUUAUUAUUAUUAUUAUUAUUAUUAUUAUUAUGAUUAUUAUUGAUACUAUUAUACUAAUAUAUAUAUAUUAUAUACAUAAACAUUUUAAGGAUGAAAAAUAAGAAAUUUACGACGAUCUCUGUCCUCUGGCAGGAUAAAAGGCAAAAGAACAAAAAAAAAAAAGACGAGAUGAAGAAAAGAAAAUGAAUAAGAGAAAAGGUGAAGACUCGAGUUACCGACGGUCACCUACGUAUAUAUAUAGAUAUAAAUAUUACCACGUAAUUAUAUUACCGAAAUGAAACGAUAUCGUUUAAUUACCGGUGAGCACCAUCGACGCGCGCGCAGGCAUCUCGGCAUUUAAACGAGACGAAACAAAUGAAAAAGAAAGGAUGAAACCAAAACAUUAAAAAAAAAAGAAAAAUAAUGAAAAUAGGGAGAAAGAGAGGAAACCUAUUAAUACUAUACAAAUCGAUCAUCUUGUAAAUACGAGUUUUAUACAGAGCGAUUGUAUUCGUUAAAGAAAAAAAAAAAACAAAGAGUACCUACUGCGAAGUAAUAUAUACAUAUUAUAUAUAUAUAUAUACAUAUAUAUAUACAUAUUAUAUAUAUAUAAAUAUAUAUACGCAAAUGUAGUGCACACGAGAAUGUGACUGUUCGCACAUAUUUAGGUAAAUCACUUUUAAAGUAUAGGGAGAAAAAAAAAAGCAGAAGAAGUAGACUGGAAGCACGUCGGGGACCGAAGUGAGUACGUACAUUCGUUCGUUCGUUCGGUAAUGAGUGAUUAACUGGAAAAAAUGUUGUUAAAUUAGUGUGAGAGGGAGGAAGACAAAGAGAAAGAGAGAGAGAGAGAGAGAAAGAGAGAGUAUUUAAGUAUUUCAAAUAAAAAAGAAAAAAAAAGAAAACGUAGCGAAUGAUUGAUGCGCGGCGGGCGAGAGUAUUUUCCAAAAUCGACGAAUCGAUCGAGAAUCGUGCACCAAACAACGUAGACGACCAUACGAUCACAAUAUUCGAAUUAGUUUACGAUUUUCACGAUUUUUCACGUCUACCCUAGAGAAAUUCGUUGAGAUAUCGAACGAACGUGCAGGAUCGAAACGAUUCUAACGCUAACGAUUCGAAAAUAGAACCAAAUCAAUUACUACUCGAUUUUAUACGAUCGUUCGAGCAUCCUUGAGCCCUAUCACGAAGUUCGGGAAACGCAUAAUUGCUCAAAACGAAACUCCUCGAUCGGCGUACGCUUCGGUGUGCGCAGAUUCUCAUUUCGAGUCAACGUUGUUUAUUCGCGUGUAACAGCAGAACGCAAAGAAUCUUGCUCUUGAUCUCGUUUCUCAUUUUUUGAGGAUACUCUACGGAAUAUACACACAGAGAGAAGAAAAUGUUCCUAUCGAGAGCGUAAAGUAUUUUCUACGAUAGAUCGACCAAGUGGGAUGAAGGUUUUUUUCGUCGGCACGAUUCGAUAUCGUGGUCGAUGGUCGUCCUCGUCGAUGCACCGAUAUCGUAAAUGAACAAGAAAUCAAGCCACGGGCGUGCACACGACAAGACCAUGUGAGUUCAAAUCGCGUUGUAACGAAAACUGCCAACUUCAUAUUGCAAUAUACGUUUUAGUCAAUCGUGGCGAUGCACGGGGGGGAAAAAUAAAAAUAAUAAACCAGUCGACGAAACAAAGGAAUUAGAGAAAAACAAGCACUAAGCGACUAAGGAAUUGGAAAAUCUGCCUGAACGGGUGUUAAACUCCUCGAGACCUAUUUUCGGUUCGACGAUCGAUCGAUAGCAGGAGAAUACUCGGAGCAACGUUUCUCCCGUUGUAUUUUCGUUGCACCCAGUUCGAUUUCACGACGAACGAUCCGCGGUUCGCUGCACCGCCGCUUUGCUGUUCGCGUCGACGCACGGGACGAAACGCGCGCAAGCUCAACGAUCUCGCGAAACACGGCGAACAUUUCGAUCAACUCGAAUAUAGCGAUGUAUCUUCGAACGGAUAAACCGUGUUCAACGUGUUUUGUAACCUGUAUCCGUUCCCUUAGGUUUCGUAGCCGAACAAAAGAACAAAACAAUUUGUAUCAUCCUGCUCAAAAUAAAAUUAACACCGCCGGGUUACGAAUAUAUACCAUUGGGCGUGUCUGACUACACAUACAAACGUAUGAAUUGAUUUGGCUGCCAACCUUUUUGAUUUAGGGAAAUUGCAAAGUAGAGGAAAAGAAAGAAAGUAACGGAGAAGAAUCGAAUCGAAUCGAAAGAGAUACAUACGUUCGGAGUAACUCGUUACUCAAAUCUCGGUUUUUAAGCGAAACACCGAUGUUAAUGUGAACAUUUCGUUUCGAUGUUGCUCGUAGCAUAUUAAAACAGAUGAAAAAAAAGGAAAAUAAAAUAACAAACAUGUGAACUUUGAUCAAUGGAUACGAAUAAGAUGGUUUACGUUGGACUCGAACAACUAUCGAAUAUUUAUAAUUUAAUUUAGCCUCCCGUUGCUUUCAUACCAUGCUGUGUGUUUAUUAGCGAACGAGAUUCUUCAGACUUUCAUGACCUCGCUUUUUUGCAGUUUAUAUUGUUCGAGGCUCCAGCGGGUGUAAAUCAUUUUUACGAUCUUAAUGGAUCUGCUUUAACGCCGUCGCGAGUACGACCGAGUUUAUUCUCCAGGACAGCUUGCAUUCUUUAAGCAAAUUAACUUUUUACGAUCCAGCGUCACGUAUGGCGUGACGGUUAAACCGUACGUCGAGUUGAUAAACGUUUUUCAAACGAAAAAUUGUUAGUCCGUUGAUUAAAUAAUAAAACGAAAGGUCCAGUCAAUUUAAUACACUUAACAUGGUGUACUAUAUUUUUCAUCGAGAAAGAUAUAAAUGGAAAAGUCGAGGAUGAUAUUGAGAAAGUUGUAUAUACUUUGGAUUCCAGUAUUUCGGUACAAGUUACACGAAACUUCUCGCGCUAUUUUCCAAGUGGAAACGAUUCACACUUUGAAACCUCGAACAAUAUUAGCAGGCGUCGGGCGUAAAUAUACGCGAGCGUAUUCGGCGAGAACGGUGUAUUUCUGUUCUCGGGUCUGAUCAACGAGAAAGCAUGUCCCGCUUCGUAUUACGCAAGUUUGCAAUUUCGUUCGCGUAGCUGCCAGAAUCGUCCGGGAUUUGGCACGUUUCUACGUUCGUAAACCGUUUGAAAACUUCGAAACCCCUUCGAAUCGGAGCUGUCCAACCCGCGUUACAUACAGCGAAGAAAAAUAAACGAGUUGUUCCAAGAGUAUACUAAACCGGAGCCGUGCGGAACGUCUUCGAUCGGAUGGCGAACGACCGCGAAUGUAAAAGAUGCGGAAUUCAACGGCCGAAGAUCGGAUACAGUGAUCGUGCUCAUGGACGACCGAAGGAAGAAGAACGAAAGUACGACGAGGUAUCACGCGACGGACUGUCUCGACGAGAGUAUCAAAUUCUAAAAUGUAUUUAAUAACACACACUAAUUGCAUUAUGUUGUAGAAACGUAUUCUACGGUCGUUAACGAUAAGAAGAACAAUGUAGAUACACGCAGUCAACACAUUCACAUAUACAUAUACGUACACGAUAUAUAAGCAAAAACGAACACAUACACACAUAAAGAAUAAUACUUAUAUACAUGCAUACACGCAGUACAUAACACGAUACAAUAUACAGGUACACACGAAGCAUACCCCGUAGGUUGGGUGAUUACCAUCUCGAUGCGAUUAUACAUAUAUAUAAUUAAUUAUAAAUAUAUAUAUAAAUAUAAAUAUAUACAUAUACCAGCACUCGGUAGAUAUAGGUACACCCAUACGUUUACCUAUACUACCUUAAGAAAGAAAAUUAAAUAAAAUUAAACAAAAGGAAAAACACAUCUACGUGGCUGUAACGCGCCGACUCUACGAAAAAAAUAAAGAGAUAGCGCGACGAGAGACGAAAAGAGAAGGAUGGGCUAGGGAAAGAGAGGAGAGAGAAGAAAAAGGACGCGCGAGAAUGGACACUGUUGCAUUUUGCACGACAGGGGCGUAUAUAGCAGUGCGAACAUACAUACAUACAUAACACACAAUAGCGUAGACUUAAUAGAAUCCGUGAGAGUGUGGCUGAUUUAAUCGGGAGAGCGUGAUUCGUCCGUGAAAGAAUGUCCGCGUGUACACUAUUGCAUACGUGGUACGUGCGUGAGUAUCUCCGUGGUCUGUAUUUUAUUGCGGAAGUUCCUGUUCCUCGAGAAUUAACGAGAAGACAUUUAGACGAAGACGAUGAUAACGACGAUGCAAGUAGCCGAGAGCGGAUGACAAAGUCGAGCCGUGAGAGUCACCGAGUUUUUGUAGAUCAUUAAAGAACAAAAAGAAAAAAAAAUAAGAAAAAAAAUAUACCGAUUGCGCGGGUGCCUCGAUAUCUGCCCGAUUGUUCGAUCUUUUUCCUGCGUUUCGUUCGAGAAGAGUCGAGAAUCUCGUUUUGCAACCACGACCACGAAAAACAUUUUUGUCCGCAUGAGAAACGAAAUAGAAUCGAUUGGCGAAUGUGAUAUACCUAUAUUUCCUUUUCAGAUUAGAGAAACGACGAGAAACAAUAUAGAGAAUAUAAAGAAAAAAAAAAAAAAGAAAAAAAAGAAAGAACGGGCAGAUUACGGUACGCCCUUAAUAUAUGAUUAGCCGUGCGCCAUUAAAGAAACCGUUUUUUGUAAUAUCCGAAUAAAAUGCAUGGUCGACGACAACGUAUAUAAAUAUCAGCUCAAUUACCAUGAUCGUCCCACAGAAAGGCGACUGUCCGCUGAAGAAUAACCAAUCCCACCCCGUCAACGAAUGGCUAUUGGAGAACGCGCGUGCAUAGACAAAAAUUUAUCCUCGUAAUCACGAAUCUAUAGAUUACGCGGUACAAACGAAAAUUCUAUCGACGAAAAGGCAAAGUCUAGGCUAUCUUUAACGCUCACCGAAUGCCAAAUAGAAAAUUGUUCGUUAUACGAGAGAAACGAGAGCGAUUUAUAUAACCUACCAAAAGACCAAAGAAUACACGAAAGGCGAAACUCAACGAAAGCAACGUUCAGUCUUUGAUACUUUCCAAACCUAACAUCUUUUCGUUACUCGCGUUCUCUUCUUCUAUUUUUGUUCCUUGUUUUUAACGCUAUUCUGGUAAUAUUACGCUUGAUCCUCUUUGUUGCGCAACAACGUGAGCAAACGCUAAACCGCGCCCGUCGUGUUACGCGAAUCGCGUAAAUCGAAUUACAGCGUCUCUCGACCGAUCUCACUCGCGAUAUUUUCAACGAGCAUCUUGACAACUGGAACAACCGAAGCUAGCUUUCUUUGUAACAGGCCAAUACCUCGAAACCUAUCCCCUCUCCCAUUUAGCAAUGUCUAUCAAUUACGAAUAAAAUUUUAUCUGGUUUUUAAUAUAAAUUACCGAGAGACGAUAUUCAAUGGAAAGAUAGCCAAUCUUCGUUCCAUCGUUUUGCAAGAAUUCAAGACGCUCUUCUUGCAAAAUAGUUUACAUUCGUAGUCGAAUGAAUUCAUGACUGGUAGAAUUGAAACGAUCCACUAUUACACCAUAACGAUGGUAUACCGACUCCUUGGGUAAUGUAAUGAAAUUGCGAAAAAUUUAAAGUGAAUAAUCUAAAGGAUAAUUAUCCACGAAAUUUCCUGAGUUUCUAUCUUUUGUAUCGGAUACAAAAAUAAAAAUGUUAAAUCUAAGAUAAGAUAUAUAUAUGGAAUGAAAUUUAUAGUACGAUGUUUGACCACUUUUCCGAGCCUCUCUCCACUUGCGACGUCAAAGGGCUAAAAAUUUGAAUAAAUAAAUUUUUACUUCGAUACGUCGUGAACUGUAACGUGCUACAAAGUAAAAUUAUCAAUUAUUGGAAAUAUUGAUUUUGUUCGAUAAAUAUCAAAUUAAAGUUAUUUUUCAAUUAAAUAGCGGAUAUUUCAUUCUGCCAGUGGAAGAUUAAUUUCCGUUCGCAGCGUUUCGUCGUACACCGUGCUUCACCUUCGUCCACUGCAGCAAUAUUUUCGCGUUCUCAUCGAUAGCUACGCGUUUCUUCUCAUCAUUCGUAGUUCACGAUCGUGAAACUGACAUCCAACGAGCGCGAUUCGAGGCGAAACGAUUACAUUGUAAAUAAAUCAGAUGAUAUUAAAAAACUCAAAGAGAGAAGGGAAAAAGAGAAAGAGAGAGAGAGGAAAGAGUGAGAGAGAUUCAUAAAUGAGAGAAUACGAAUGCGAGAGAAAAUGUGAGGGAGAAAAUGCAGAUGCGAUAGGGGAAAAAGAGAGAAUGUAUAUAUAUGAGCGUGUGUAUUAAUAAAUUAUAAUACGCAAUUGCGUAUUAAAUGCGUUAGAAUCGAAGAAUCGCUCGUGCUAACUGCCGAGAAAAGGACAUAUUAAGGGACGCAAGCGUGCCCUCGCGUUCGUGUGUCGUUUAACUAAAAAGGGAUUUAAGAAAUAUAUUAUAUAUAUAUAUAGGAAGGAUAGAAAAAAUGAGAUGGUCAAAAGAAAAGAUAAAAAAGGAGUAAAUAAAACAGAGGCUCUCCUAGUUACUUGCUCAUUGAAAUAAUAUUCUAAAUAACGUUCGUAACGGAACAAAAGUCUAGAUAUGCAUCAGUAUAAUGAAAAAUAAUUUUACGUACGUAUAAGUAAGAUUCACGCGCGCGCGGCUACAGUCAUGCGCGCGCAUACACGCGCCAUUUCUUUACUUUUCAAACUAUGGGUCUUUCGAACCCUAUCUUACCAGUGAUCCAUAUCGAUCUCGAAACUUCGCGACUUGUUCCGUGAAAUCCGUAGAAUAUAUCGAAAGGUUGUAAUAUUUUAACGAUAUUUUCGAGUAAUAGCUACUGUUACAAAGGAAAACAAAAAGAGAGAUACGAUCCUUCCCUCCCUUUAUUAAUAUUUAUAAGUUCAUGCUUCCUAGCGAAAAAAUAUUGAUAUAGUAACGGUGAAACUUCGACUUAAUCGAGUAGUAGAAAUUGUUAAAAGAUUAUAAAUAUCGAAAGUAGACCGUAGAAUCACUUUGCAACAUUGGUGCUUUUUAUAUAUAUAUAUAUAAAAGAAAUAUAUAUAUAUAUAAAUAUAUAUAUAACGAAAAGAAAUAAAACGUUUCUAGAUUCCGCACUGAAACAUAAUCCAUACUAUUUCCAACGAUUAAACACGGUAUACAUUUUUUAUUCAGUGUAGUGAGUACUCGAUAAAUCAGAAGGAUUUAAUUGAGAACUGUAUUUAUGACGCAAUUAAUUUCAUGAAAUUGCAUAAUUGUUUGUAAAUCCAUUAAAGAUGAAAAAAUAGUUUUCAUUUUAAAAAUAUACACAAAAUUGUUCAUAGAAAGUUUUUAAUUGCGUUCGUAUAAAUAUAGGGGAAUAUCGGGAAAAAGUGUGGUGUCGUGCGCGUGCCUGUUCGCCGCUGUGCGUUCACGAAGGAUCACGAUUUCUAUAUAUUCAGAUCGAUCGCUGUAAGCCGUACAAUUUACAGUGAACAUGUACGGCCUGUGAACAAUUACAAGCUUGUAGCGAAAAAAGAAACAAACAAAAAAAUAUAUACCAACAAAAAAAGAAAAGAGAUGCACUCGAAAUCACUUGGAGCAUAACCAUCUUUAAAUGAUGGCGAACAUAACAUACAUUGUUACGUAAACGAGUAUAACGGAAGAAAAAAAAUCGUAUCGUUGCAUGACCGAUAUACCUAAAUGAAACUAUUACUACGCGAUACGACGUUAUUAUGUAAAAGUUUUUAUUGCGUGAGUAAAAUUAUGUUAUGGAUGAAAAUGUGUACCUUGUAAAUAAUAAAUCUCGUCCUCUUCUUCGUGCAUCGAA